AUGGCUAUUCGCGAGGAUCUUGUAUCCUCUGCAACCCAAUUUCUCCAGGACCCAAGUGUCGCGUCAUCCUCCGUUGAGAACCGCAUCUCGUUCCUUCGAAGCAAGAACCUCACCCAAGAAGAAAUCGACGUUGCGCUGGCACGAACAGGUGGUAGCGCACCUCCAGCUCCCAACGCGCCUUAUCCCAGCGCUCCCGCCGGCCCUCCUCCUAGCCAACAAUACUAUCCCCCCUAUCCACAGCAUGCCUGGCAACCGCCGCCACCUCCUCCCCGUAGGGACUGGAGAGACUGGUUCAUCAUGGCCACAGUAGUUGGAGGCGUGUCUUAUGGCCUCUACGAGUUGGGCAAGCGCUACGUAUAUCCAAUGGUCGCGCCUCCAACACCGGAGAAAUUGGAACAAGAUAAGAAAUCGAUUGAGGACCAAUUUGACCGAGCUUUCACGCUUGUUGAGCAACUUGCGAAGGAUACGGAGAGCCUGAAGAAUGCCGAAAAGGAGCGAACCGAAAAGCUAGACGCAGCGAUCGCGGACCUCGAGACAGUCAUGACCGAUCUCAAGGCUGCGAAUCGUCGUCGGGAGGACGAUGCGACCCGAAUUCGUGACGAGGUUCAGUCCCUCAAGGACGCGAUCCCUAAGGCUCUCGAGAACCAAAAGGGUCUGACUGAUAACCGGCUGAAGGAGAUUAACACUGAGCUCACCAGUCUUAAGACAUUGGUAUCUCAGCGCAUGACCACCCCCAGCAGCACCACCGGUUCUUCAACCAUGAACAACUACAUGCGAGGCACAGCCGGAACUGUCGGUGCCAGUGGAAUCUCUAGCGCAGCUACUCCUGCUGCCUCUACCUCGACCCCUGCUGCGAAGACCAACGGAGAGAAGGCCACAGUUGAAUCGGCCGCUACCACUCCUGCUGCAGAGGUCCCCAAGCCUACAUUCCCCUCUGCUCCUCAACUUAACCGUUCAUCCUCCCCUCUUGCCAACAUGACCGGCAAGAAGUCUAUUCCUGCUUGGCAGAUGGCCAUGGCCAACCAGAAUGAUACAUCGUCGACUCAGGUCAAGGCCGACGAGUCAAAGGCUGGCGCUAGCUCCAGCUCUUAA